AUGUGUAGAGGUGUGGGAGUCAGUGGAUACCUCCCUAAGGCCUUCAAAAUGCUGCCUUUGGAUCCUGACAGCAUGUCCAGGUGUCUGGAGGAUGCUGUGGGGGACCCUGCCUCAUUCAUCAAAUUCUGGCUUUGCUCCCUGAGCCUAACAGAACUGCCACCAGCCCAGCUUGGCCUACCACAGCCUUCCCUAAAUCAGGGACCAGGGGCAAAGACCUCCCAGCAGAGGAGGAGAGGAGGCUGUGUGGGACAAGCUGCUCCUGACAGAAGGAAGUCGCUACUGAGCCUGUCCUGGCUGGGCCUCGGACCAGUGGCAGCGUCCCUGUGGCUGCUCCUGCUGCUGGUCGGGGUCUCCCAGCUGCUAGCCCGUGUCCUGGCCUGGACCUACACCUUCUAAGACAACCGCGGCCGCCGGCUCCAGUGUUUCCCACAGCCCCUGAAACUGAACUGGUUUUGGAGACACCAGGGCCUGGCCCCUCCCACAGAAGAGGGCGUGAAGAAGCUCAUCCAGCUGGUGACCACCUAUCCCCAGGGCUUUAAGUUGUGGCUGGGUCCUACCUUCCCCCUCCUCACUUUAUGCCACCCUGACAUCGUCCAGGCUAUCACCAGUGCCUCAGCUGCUGACGCACCCAAGGAUAUGCUUUUCUAUGGCUUCCUGAAGCCCUGGAUGGGGGACGGGCUCCUGGUGAGUGCUGGUAACAAGUGGAGCCGCCACCACCGCAUGCCGACGCCCGCCUUCCACUUCAACAUCCUCAAACUCUAUGUGGCGAUUUCCAACAAGAGCGUGAACAUCAUGCACGUGACGGCGCGCGAGCGGGCCGGGCGGGCGGCCGCGUUUUCCAACAGAUAA